ACGAAGGAAUCCUGAUAACCCUCAUUGUAGCUCUGUGGCUUCCUCGUCUCACUUCCUUUUAUUGAUAUGAAAAGGGGAAAUGCAGUUUGCUGAGCGGUCACAUGAGCCGGAGCCGCGUUCCAGAGAUAAGAGGACGCAAUCAUCAGACCUGAAGAGACGGCUCAUCACAGCACCUGCCAUGGACUAUCUAUGGAGAAUCGUCCUCUUCUCUGUCCUCGUAGCAGGGAGUCACGGCGACACUCAAGCUGCCACACCAAGAUCGGCUACUGUGCAGAUUACAACUACGCCCCAGUGUGUCAAUUGUAAGACAACAACUACCACACACCGCACAACGAUACAUUCGACGCUUCAUACAAACCACACUACAGAUGCCCCAACAACGGCACACACCAAUCAUACAACCGAACCACCGACAACGGCACACACCAAUCACACGACCGAACCACCGACAACGGCACACACCAAUCAUACAACCGAACCAUCCCCGACACCACACACCAAUCAUACGACUGAGCCAUUGACAGCGGCACACACCAAUCACACGACUGCACUAACCACAAGUGCCCCUAGCAACCACACUUCUACCCCGCCCACUAACCAUACAACUCCACAUUCUACCACACCGUCCCCACCGUCCCCCGCAGAGUACUUCCUAAACGGCACCUCGGGAGUCUGUCUGAGGAUAAAGGCGGUCUUCAUUUUACAGAUCAACGGCACCGGUUUCAUCAAUGUAAGUUACCGCCGCUCAUAG